GCGGUGCGCAGGCGCGGCCGUGACGUCGUGCCCAGCCGCUUAGUGCGGCCACGGUCCGUGCCCGGGAGCGUUCGUCGCGGCCUCUCGCUGCCGCCGCCGCCGGGACCCCCUGCAGCAGAGGGGUGCUGGCUGCAGCCCAUUUCCAAUCCCAUUGGCACCUCUCUGUGCCAGAAGACAGGGAGGGUGGCGGAGGUGUGGCCUACCAGAUGUCAAGUUUCAAUGAUUUUAUAUAGUUUUUUUUAGAGACAAAUGGAUUAAUGAAGAAGAAUUUCAGUGAAGGAAGGGGAGUUAAAAAUGGAGCAAUUUGGAACAAACUGAGAUCUGUUCCCUGCACCGCUUGGGCGAUGGCUGAGACAGACCUAUUCAGCACCGUUUUCACCAUCGGUUGUCUCCUGGGCUUGUAAAACUGCGCCCUGAAAGCUCUCCUCCAGAUCUCGCUGCAGAUCUCUCUGUUAACCUACCCAUACGGCUUGGAAAUGGUUGCCACAGAAAAGAUUUAAUGAAAUUCCUCUCGAUGCCCAACCACGGAGUGGAUACUAAGCCUGUGGAAAGGCCUGGGGGGUCAGGAGAAAGGAACAAGUAGGAAGAGGACAAAAAUCACCAUCCACUGGACCUUUCCCUCCCACCCCCCUUGCAAAGAAAGGAUUUACAGCUCAACCUUGCACCAGCUGUUCCUCAGCUUUAACCAUCAAGAGAUAAAUAAAUAAAAUUAAACGGCCACCGCCAGCCGGCCAGUCCCGCAACCCAGUGAAAUCAGGGAGAGUGUUUUUGUGACCCCCUCCAGCGAGGGGGAGGAGGAGGAAGCACAGCAGCGCUGUGAGGAAGCUGGCAGAUUGCUUGCCAGACAAACCCCUCCUCGUGUGCGGCAACCGGAGGGGGCUGCAGCGUAUCAGAGGGCAGAUUAAAAAGGAGAAGUGGCUUUUUGGCAAGAAGUUUACCAAUAUCUUGCUCUUUCCCAGGGUGCUCACUGGGUGCAAAGGUGCGCCCAGCUCCUCACCCGGCACGUCACGCUCAGCCCCUUGCCCAAGCCUGGAAGGCUUCCUUCCCCCUCAGAGCCUGGCUGCUGGCAUCGGCCGUGUGGGGACCUGCUUUUUGCAGGCUGAGGGAAGCUCAUAAAGACUCUUGGCAUUCCUGCCCCCAACGGUUGCUUUAAACCCAAGUCUGGGUCUCUGUUCUGAAUUUUUUAUGUUUUUAAACCUCCAUCCCUGUGCCUGUGAACUAUUGCAGAGCAGAGCGUAGUGUGGACUCCUCUCCUGGGGACCGACGGGGACUUCUGUGGGCUGUCUGCUGCAGAGCUCACCCUGGGAGCAGGCGUGGAGGCUGGGUAGCAGUUCGCCCCCAUCCCCCUCCCCUUCUCGUCUUGCUCUGCUCUGACUCCCGCUGGGCCUGGGCUAUGCUGCGGGGCGGAUCCCCCACCACAGCUCCAACAUGCCAGCAGCAUCUGGAAAGAGAUUCAAACCCAGCAAAUACGUCCCGGUCUCAGCUGCUGCCAUCUUCCUAGUGGGAGCCACCACCCUCUUCUUUGCCUUCACGUGCCCGGGGCUCAGUCUGUACAUCUCCCCAGUCAUUCCUGUCUACAAUGCUGUCGUCUUCCUCUUUGUGCUGGCCAACUUCAGCAUGGCCACCUUCAUGGACCCAGGCAUAUUCCCACGAGCUGAGGAGGACGAGGACAAGGAGGAUGAUUUCCGAGCUCCGCUCUACAAGACGGUGGAGAUCAAGGGCAUUCAGGUGCGCAUGAAAUGGUGUGCAACCUGCCGCUUCUACCGGCCGCCACGGUGCUCCCACUGCAGCGUCUGUGACAACUGUGUGGAGGAGUUCGACCAUCACUGUCCCUGGGUCAACAACUGCAUCGGGCGGCGCAAUUACCGUUACUUCUUCCUCUUCUUGCUGUCGCUCACCACGCACAUCAUGGGAGUGUUUGGCUUCGGCCUGCUCUAUGUCCUCUACCAGGUGGAGGAGCUCUCUGGCGUCCGCAUGGCGGUCACCAUGGUGGUGAUGUGCGUGGCCGGCCUGUUCUUCAUUCCCGUCGCUGGCCUUACGGGGUUCCACGUGGUGCUCGUGGCGAGGGGCCGUACUACCAACGAACAGGUGACGGGCAAGUUCCGUGGUGGUGUCAACCCCUUCACCAACGGUUGCUGUAAGAAUGUCAGCCGGGUCCUCUGCAGCUCCCCGGCCCCCAGGUACCUCGGGCGCCCGAAGGCUGAGCAGACGGUGCUGGUGAGACCCCCCUUCUUGCGGCCCGAGGUGUCAGACGGUCAGAUCACUGUCAAGAUCAUGGACAACGGUAUCCAGACAGAGCUGAAGAGGACGAAGGUGAGGAAGGUGGGGAUUAGUGCUCCCUGCGUUGGGGCAUUCCACGGAGCCCAGGGGUGCAAGCCUGCAUCCGUGAGUAAAGAACCGAGUGAGCCUUGUCACGUUCCCCAUCCCCCUCCGUGUCAUCUUGUUCUGUGUCCCCAAGGGACAGAAACCAUGUCCCUCCCAUGCGGCAGCGACCACAUGAGGCUUUGCACCCUCCGUUGCCUUUCCUCAUCCUUUCCUUCCCCCUUGCAGCAUCCUUUGGAGCUCCCUGCUCCUCAGCACCUCCCAGCACCCGAGGCACAUGCCGCCUUCAAGCGCUCAUCCAAAGGAAGCCUGGAGGUGACAGAGAGCCAGUCUGCUGACGCCGAGCCGCCACCCCCACCUAAGCCAGACCUCAGCCGCUACACGGGCCUGAGGACACACUUAACCCUGGCCACCAACGAGGACAGCAGCUUGCUAGGCAAGGACAGCCCCCCUACUCCCACCAUGUACAAGUACCGGCCUGGCUACAGCAGCAGCAGCAGCUCAGCAGCUUUGCCCCACUCCACCAGUGCCAAGCUGAGCCGCGUGAAUAGCCUGAAGGAGCCCAACUCCAUCUGUGAGAGCAGCCGCAAGCCCAGCUACCGCUCAGAGCCCAGCCUGGAGCCCGAGAGCUUCCGCUCACCCACCUUCGGCAAGAGCUUUCACUUCGACCCGCUCUCCAGCGGCUCCCGCUCCUCCAGCCUCAAGUCGGCCCAGGGCACGGGCUUUGAGAUGGGCCACCUCCAGUCCAUCCGCUCAGAGGGCACCACUUCCACCUCCUACAAGAGCCUAGUGAACCAGACGCGCAAUGGCAGCCUGUCGUAUGACAGCCUGCUCACGCCCUCCGACAGCCCUGACUUUGAGUCGGUGCAGGCAGGCCCAGAGCCCGACCCGCCGGUGGGCUACACCUCGCCCUUCCUCUCAGCCCGCAUCGCCCAGCAGAGAGAGACCGACCUCCAUGGCCGCUUCGCCAGCGCCGUCUCCCCCAAGCACGCGCCGCCCCGCGAGCCCUCGCCCGUGCGCUAUGACAAUCUCUCCCGCCACAUCGUGGCCUCCAUUCAGGAGCGGGAGAAGCUGCUGCAGCAGCCACCGGCACCAGGCAGGGAGGAGGACGUGGGGCUGGUGGACUCGGGCAUCCAGUCGACACCAGGCUCCAGCAACGCCCCCCGCACCAGCUCUUCCUCGGACGAUUCGAAGCGCUCGCCCCUGGGCAAGAAUCCGCUCACCCGCCCGGCCCCACCCCGCUUUGGCAAGCCCGAGCCCCCCCACGCGCUCCGAGUGCGCUCCCUGGGCUCCCCUGACCAGCCCGCCGCCCCCCACCUGGGAAAAUCCGUGUCUUACAGCAGCCAAAAACCAGCGUCUCAGGCCAGCGUCCCCGAGACGGAGGAGGUGGCCUUGCAGCCCUUACUGGCACCAAAGGACGAGGUGCAGAUGAGAACAGCCUACAGCAAGUCCAAUGGGCAGCCCAAGAGCCUGGGCUCGGCCCCCCCGGGCCCGGGGCAGGUGCCCCUCAGUAGCCCCACUCGUGGGGGAGUCAAGAAGGUCUCCGGCGUGGGGGGGACCACCUACGAGAUCUCAGUAUGAGGGGCAGAGCCGCUUGCCCCCUCACCUCCUCCCAGGCUGGCACCCACCGGCCCCCGAGGGACGACACGUGGCCGGACACUCUGCGGACUCCAGGGAGAGCCGGGCCAGGGGGCAACGGGCCAGCGGCCCCCGCCGCUUUUCUCUUUCUCCACCCCGCCCCGGGACUUGGUGGGCUGACACAGACCCGAGCGGGGCUGCUCGUCCUCCACCUGCCGAGGACUGCUGCCGGCAGGUGCCUGGCCGGGCUCGGGGGCUCGGGGGCCACCCCUGCAGCCUCGUGCCCGGCAGCACCGCGGCUGCGCCAGCCACUUGUGGGCCUUGUGCAAUCAACCGCUCGCCUAGCGUGGUAGGAAUGGAUUGUUUUUAAACCAGAAUACUUUUUUUUAUUAUUAUUGUUACGGAUUCUAUUUUUUUUUCUCUUUCUGAGUUACCAGGUGUGUGUAUAUAUAAAUAUCUAUAUAUAUAAAUAUAAAUAUUAAAAAAAAAAAAGCAGAAAUUAUAUAUCUUACCCAGAGAGCGGAAGAAACUGCCCCUUCCCUGCCUGGGGCCCGGCCCCCACCUUGUCCCAUCCCUCACACAGGGUCGGGGCCACCCUCUGCAUUCCUGGCAUGAGCUGGGGCAGGGGCCUGGCAUUGCUCUCCCACCCGGGGUGGGCAGGGCCGUGGGCUGGCAGGUGCCCCCCUGGGCUGCCCUGACACCCCCACACACCCCCCCCGGCCCCUGUCGAAGGCCAAGGUGCUUUCAGCCGAGGACACUCUCCUUCCCAGUUCUUCACUUGUGAAGCCCGCAGCCCACCCUGCCUGGGGCCUCACAGCACGGGGAGGAAGGGUGGAGGGGCAGCCCCUUCCCUGCACAUCCCCAAAUCCAACCACCAGCUGGCACCACAGGUGCCAGCAGGCGCAGAGAAGCACUCAUGGGCUCCAGUCUUUCCCCACUUGCGGUUUUCACCCUUUUUAUGUUUCUCCAGGGUUUGUGUUGGUUGGGACGGGGCUGGGGUGCGUGUGUUAUUUUUGUUGCUUUUUUUAAUUUUUAAAAUGGGUCUGAUAGGGUUUUUUCACUGUCACACAGUUGGUUUUAUUUCCGUUCGGGGAAGAGGAAGGCCAGCGGGGUACAUCCCCAUAAAGCAAUAUUUUCUCAUCACAUGCCAAAAACAAAAAAUGCAGCCAAGGAGCCCAGUGCUCCCUGUCCCCCCACCCCUGCCCGGGCAAACCACCCCAUGCAGGGGCCUGCAAAACUUCAGGCACUACUUGACUCUUUCUCUACGGCAAUAUGUCUCCCGAGGCCUCUGCAGAGCCAUGCCAUUGUUUUUUAAUUAUUAUUAUUAGCCAUUUUAAAAAUGAGGAAUAAAAGGAUAUUUAAUGAGCCGC